ACCUAAAAACUCGCAAACAAUAACGAAAAAACCUUCAAUGUUCGUUGCACAUAUACAUUCUAGAGGUGGAUAAUGUAUCCCGGAAGAAAAGGAAAUAUUUGUGUAAAACGGAUCAAAAUACCUUUUCAUGAUGGAAAUAUUUCACAUUUUCCUCCUUUAUGAAUGACUUAAAUCAAUAACACAAGGUAUCAUAAUAAAUAACAAAUAUGUUCAGGAAGCAAAGCAGUGUAUUGUAAAACAAACCCACCUAUAUUUGAUAAAAUGGCGAUUUCGUUCGGAUGUCUUACGUUUUGUCUAGUAACAUUACUUGGAUAUGCGUUUUGUAAUUCAAGUGGACAGAGAUAUGUACACAUCCCAGGGGACUUUAUGUUGGGUGGACUUUUUCCUGUUCAUUUUCCCGAUGGCGAUAAGUGUGGUAUUACAAUUGAUCAAGAUGUAGGAAUACAUUUAUUGGACGCAGCAAUUUUCGCCCUAAAGGAAGUUAACGGUUUCUUGACAAAGUCUCGGAUCUCGUUGGGUCUGAUUGCCUACGACACUUGCUACAUCAUUAAUCCCUCUUUGCAUCACUCUCUCGAGUUACAAGAACAGAGUUACUAUACACAGCACGGAGAACUUGAUAACAUCACUUGUACUCCAUUUCUAUCCAGAAGGGUUAUUGGAGUGAUUGGUCCAGUAACAAGUAAAGAAACCCGGAUUGUGGCCAGUUUAUUCGAUCUUUUCCAAAUGCCGCAGAUAAGUGCUUCUGCCACAUCGUCCAUUCUCAAUGACAGAAAGAAAUAUAAGUAUUUCAAAAGAACAGUCCCGUCUGACACUCACCAGGCUAAAGGAAUUGUUCAGCUGCUCAGAUAUUUUGGAUGGCAGUAUGUGAAUAUACUAUAUGAAGAUUCGAGCUAUGGCAGUUAUGGGUACAGGGACAUUAAAACCUUUGCUUCGCUGGGAAAUAUAUGCAUUGGUUAUGAGAAGCAGAUUUCGGAAAAUAUUAAGGACGUAGAGAUCAUGGGAAUUGUGAAUGAAUUAAAAUCAAGAAAAAAUUUGGAAGGGAAAAUAGUGGUGGUCCUGUUCAUGUUGUAUCAGAAUGCGUACAGAAUAAUCCGCCACGUUCAUCACAUACAUCUGGAAGACAUCAUCUGGAUCGGAAGUGAUGGUAUAACAGGACGAGAUCCACCAAAAGGAUUAGAGGAUGUCAUGAGCGGAACACUCGGAUUAACAUUAGAAACAUUGGAAUAUCCUGGAUUUUCCCAGUACAUCAAUAACCGCCAAACGAUUCAAACAAAUCCAAAUCCUUGGUAUGAGGACUACUUAAAUCAAUAUUUCCCAAACUGUUCAUCAGAAUCCUGUGGACGCCUUAACGACACAGUUGCUGAAGACUCUUGUCGGUAUGAAGUACACACAAGCUGUUUGCCCUGGGACGAAGCUCUUCAAGCCUGUAAACACAGGGGCAUGACCCUAGUUAGUUUGUCUGGUACGCUUGAAGCCAAAUCCCUGUAUGAUCUACUCAAGACCGGCGAUUCUAUGUUUUCUGAUUACGUUUCGUUGAGCGACAGAUCAUAUUGGAUUGGAUUGCACAUGGAGUCUAGCUCUGGUGGAAGUUCAGAAUUUCAGUGGGGGAACUGUGUGGUCGAUACACUGGUAACUGAUGUGUUUUCCAGUUUAACAGAUUAUAGUUCGACCACUGGUUGUGGAUAUUUAUCAGAUAGUUCCGUAAGGAUGACGCCCUGUUCUUCGUCCACCUCUUUGGGCUUCAUCUGCGAAGGUGUAAAUUCCUGUUUUACAACACAAUCGACGACUUUUCUACCUCUUGGAUUCAGCAGUGAAGUCACUGCCAACUCUCGUGAUUGUGCCUCAUCCUGCUUAGCUAAGUCGACAUGUGCUGGUGUCCAUGUGUCCUCCGGGAGCUUGUGUACAUUGCUAACUUACGACACAGAUCUACCAAGCAGCUUACAACCAAGCGAUUUGAUGUCGUCACAUUUUCAUCACAAAAGAUUGCUGUAUCACGGGGGAUACUCCAGCUUGAUGACGGGGCUGAAUGAGGAGGCCUUGUGUAAUAUUUCUGUGUGGACACCACCAUCUCCCAUAGUAACCACAACGGUGUCCCAAGGAACAUCAGUUGAAGAAAUAACUCCUACGCCUACAUUCGCCACUACAGGGGACAAUCUAUCAGAGUCAUUGCAGACUGCGGAGGAAUCUGCAACAACAAAUCCUGUUAACACUAGUACCACAACAGAAGAGAUCGAUGGAGAAACCGUUCCCGAUAGUUCUCAUACCACAGCAAAGGACGAAACAACAGUGAAUGAAUGUGUAACAAACUUAACCAUAACAGACAUUCAAAGCACACCUGAGCACACCACAUCUAAUUCUGACAUUUAUGCAGAAUCUACAACCACUACCACCACUGUUAUCGAAACACAACAUAAUGAAUCUGUAAUCGUUUAUAACUUGUCAUCUUGUGUAUGUGUUUGCAGAUAUACAAAUGACACUCUCGAGGAGCGAAUAGAAAAGAUAACAUCUGAAUUAAAAUUGGAUAUAAAGGAGUUGUCAUCAUCUAAAAAUCGGAGAAUUUCAGCAGAUGACCCCAGACCCAGUGCGAAACACGUCGGCAUUAUCGGUAUUUUUAUCUUAUGUUGCUUUGGUGUGCUUAGUGUUGGAAUGGAUAUUGUGCGAAUUUUACAACAUUGUGACAAGAAGUGCAAAAGAAAUAAAAUACAAAGUGGAGGAAAACCGUAAAAUAUACAUGUAGUUCUUUGAAGGCAAUAUUACAGUAGAGUAAUGUCAUUUGUAACCAGAUGACCUUAAGAAUUGAUUGUAUUAUCACUUAUAUUAGCCUUGCAUUAUCUUUAUCGAUUAUAUUAGCCUUAAUUACAGACUAUAUUAUCAAAUUUACAAUGUAUGAGAGUGAUACAGGCCUGUGGAAUCGCACUGAUCAUAUUUAGUCAUUUUAGCUGAUGAAACUAUGUAAGCCACAUUGCAAACAAAUACAUAGAGGUCACCAUGUUUUGUACAACCUUUAUGAGUAAAACUCGCGAUACUGUUAUUCCAGUACCUGCAUCACCCAUAGAUGAUUGGCAGUUGGGACAGUUUUGUUACCAAAAAUGUACACUACUGCAGCUGCGUUUAUUAUAGCGCAUUAGUGUCAAUAAUGCUGAUCACGUAUCCAUUUAAUAUAUAUACACGUUUGUAAAUUUGUCAAGAGCAGAAGAGAAUAGAACCUGGUAUUGUAUUUGAAUGUUGCUGAGCUUGUGUUAGGAAUAAACUUUGAAAACAACGCGAGUUGGGUAAUAAGACUUUGUUAGUAUAAGUCUUCAGGUUAAGACUUUGUUGGUAAAAGUCUUAAACAAAUAAUCCGGUUACACAUUCUAAUGCAACUGUUAUGUAAUUUGCAUUUUGAUUGGCUAAUGCACUAAUGUUUGAGGCAAUAAAUGCAAUCGGAAAUGCUUGGAUGUGUCGCACUCUCGACAUACCAAUCGUAUGAUGUUUGUCCUUUUCCGUAACCGGAAAGAAUAUGACGUUAAAUCAAUGUAUUUAUUCGCCGGAAGCGCGAAUAUGGAUGGAGUAAAAAGGCUAAAACCGAACCCCUGUAUAAUGUGUUAUUUAGAAGUGAGAUUAAUUUUCGCCCGAGAUUCAGUGUUGGUAUUAUUAACGUCUUUUACGUGGAAAGUGAUAGCCUUAGAUAUGUAUGAUAAUUAAUGUGGUUUUUUACGCCCAAAGCUCUUAUUUCAUAUUGUAACGUAUAUCUGUGACGUAAUAGUUACAUGCAUAUACACACAGCUAUGCUGACUCUGAUAGCGUCGAUCUACAUACGAGGUUUAUUUGCGGUUACCGAAAUAGCCCAUUGGUUACGAUUGUCGAUAUACGUACGUCGACAAUCGAAUCAUGUACUCGUCCUUUUCCGUAACCGGUAGGAAGACUUGGACGUGGAUCGGUGAAAGGAUUGCAUCUAAUCAAUGCAUUUAUUCGUGAAGAUAUAUAAACUCUGAUUAUUAUUAGAUAAAACACAUUCCUUGUUUUACGCUAGUAAUAUGAUCUUCUAAACUUAAUUCCUUAUAAAUUAAUUAUCACUGAAACGAGGUGUUUCCCGCAAAAUGGUUCGAAUUUUGAUGACUUACGAAUUGUAAGGAAUCUGCCAUAUAUAGAAAUAUCCCAAGUGGUUAAAUAAUUUGGUCGUGAUUCUCCAUAGCAUGCCCUGUUAAUCGACACAUCGUGAUUCGCCAUAGGAUGUCUUGUGUUAUCGUGUUUGUCUGACAUUUAUCACUGAAACAAGCAUUAGAUCUCUGGUGUAUAUCACCCAGUCAUUCCUGUUGUUACUUUCUAGGGGAGGGGACUUUUAUUGAAAACCCCACUCUUUAAACGAGAAAGAAUACUGCUUAAUUUUACAGAACGUUGUAUAAUGUUGAUCGUGAUAUACUACAGUUGUAUUUUCCAUUAAAACUUUCAAAUGAAUUUUCUACUUUGUUUAACCUAUGUAGAUUUCUUUCAUUUCUGUCGAAUGAGUUCUUGUCUUUUACGCCCAGCAAUUAGAAACUUGGUGUCUUUUUCAUGCUAUAUAAUAGUCUUGAUAGGACACAAUUAUGCCAUGAUGUGGUACUGUUUCUUUUGAUUUGAGUCAUACUUUAAAUACUCCCGUGGGGAUCAGAUUUAGAAUAGGUCGUUGACACCCUUUGCUUGCCUUAAGAGGCGACUGGAUGUGGCGGUCCUUCGGAUGAGACCUUCCCGUGUGGACCCUGGUUAGAAUCCGUACCCCUUGUUUGUCGUAAAAGGCGAUUAAAUGGGACGGUCCUUCGGAUAAGACCGCAAAAAAUUAUGCCCCUGCUCACAGCACGUGUGACACAACAAAGGUCCCUCCCUGUUCAAAGGGCGUAAGCGCCGAGCUUAGGCCUAGAUUUUCCAACCCUUUCACUGGUAAUGAAGACGUCUCCAUAUGGGUAAAUAUUCACAAGCGGGACGUUAAACAAGAUACAAUCAAUCAAGCGACCAAAUGCACGGGAGUCUGAUAAACCACGUAGUGCAGUAAUAGAGUUAUUUCUCCAAUUAUUAAUUGUUAGUUAAGGAAGUUAGCUCCGGAGCUUUUGAGCACAGCCACGCAGAAUGUUACAGCUAAGUAUUUACUGGUUCAAUAUUGAUCCCAUUGGUGCAAACAUAUUAUACAUCUAUGACUGAACUCCAUCCAGUUGAAAUUUCUGUGUCAAUUCCAAUUUUGAAAGAGUUUGAUACGGGCUAUAUUUUAUGGCGGAGCGAUUGAUUAAUAAAAAGAAAUUCUAAGUCCGCAUGAUAUUACAGUUUCUGUUUCAUCCAAUAUAUCUUCUAUUUUUAGACUCCUAUACGUGUUAAUUCAGUUUUAUAAUAUAUGAUACAAGUAGUUCAGACUUGGAACUAAUUCAAAUGAGGGUCU